CUUUUUAACCAAUCGUCUUGGCUCUUUCGAAGAAAAACUGCCGAGCUUCAAUUUGCCAAGUGCUCGAAUUUCUCUUCUAAAAUCAUCUCUUGCCCCAGCAGCAACUCUCGGACUGACAUGGCGUGGUCGGAGCCAAGGAAGACGGGUAUGCAAUACCGCAGGCUGGGUAACUCGGGGCUCCAUGUCUCAGUUCUCGGGCUCGGAGGAUGGCUCACAUUUGGAGGGCACGUUGAGAAUGAAAGAACCAUUGCUUGCAUGAAGCAGGCGUACGACUGCGGUAUCAACUUUUUCGAUACCGCUGAGAGCUACGCGGAUGGCCAGUCUGAGAUUGUCAUGGGCCAGGCCAUCCAGAAGCUCGGGUGGAAGCGCAACGAUAUUGUCGUAAGCACGAAACUCAACUGGGGCGGUGCCAAUGGGGAGGUGCUCGUCAACAACCACGGACUCUCCCGCAAGCACAUCGUCGAGGGUCUCCGCUCAUCCCUGAAGCGUCUGAACCUGGAAUACGUCGAUAUCGUCUACGCCCACAGGCCCGACCGGCUAACUCCCAUGGAGGAGACAGUCCGGGCCUUCAACCACGUCAUUGAACGCGGCUGGGCGUUCUACUGGGGAACAUCCGAGUGGUCGGCGGACGAAAUUGCGGAGGCCUGUGGCAUCGCCCGUGAGCUGCGCUUGAUUCCCCCGGUGGUCGAGCAGCCACAGUACAAUCUGCUGGCGCGAGAGAAAGUCGAGGGCGAAUUUCAGCGCCUGUAUAGCCGCUUCGGCCUCGGCCUGACCGUCUUCAGCCCUAUCAAGAUGGGCUUGCUCAGCGGCAAGUACAACGACUCGCCUGAUCAACCUCCCCCAGGGUCGCGUUUCGCCGAAAGCAAUGACAAAUUUAGCAACAUGGUGAGGGACUCGAUGUAUGGUAAUGAUGAAUGGAAACGGUCAAUUGCCAAGGUGAUCAAGCUUAAGCCUAUUGCCGAUCAACUCGGCGUCACUCAGUCGCAAUUAGCACUGGCUUGGUGUCUCAAGAAUGAGCACGUUUCUUCGGUUAUCACUGGUGCAUCGAACCCCCAACAGAUCGUUGAGAACGUCAAAUCACUGCAGGUUCUUGAUGACCUGACGCCAGAGGUCAUGGCAAAGAUUGACGCUAUUGUGGGCAAGAUUGAGCUUGCUCCGGCGAGGCAAGACUGAUCGGACUCGCCAUCCCUCGAAUUUCCAGAGAGCUUCCUUUGAAUCGCCAUGUAACAGGCUCAGUGGUAUGAAGCCGACGUCUCCAAGAAAGAAUGAUGAACUUUACCCGACAAGCAUGCACCAAAUUCUUGGAAUGACGCUCAGAUGGAGAGCUGUUUUUGUUCAUAUUUUUGGGUAUUGUUGAGGUGUAGUUACGCUAGUUCUCUUGCCUUUGUGAACCAGAAUCAUCAAGUAACACAAUGAUAAUCCAUUCUAG